UAUCACAAAAAAAGAGUCGAAAAGCUAAGAGUGAGAAAAAUGGUUCAACUUCCAAGAUAUGUGGCACUGAAAUCAAAGUACAAUGCUAAUUAUUUGCGCUAUGUGAAUGAAGCUUCACCGGUGCAAACGUUUGUGCAAUACUCUGGAGAGAGUAUUUCGACUCCAUACACAAAGUUUGAAGUGGAGCCAGCCAAAUCCGAUCCUUCAUUGGUCAACAUAAGAUGCAGUUACAACAAUAAAUAUUGGGUAAGUUCAUCCUCAGAUCCUCGUUUCAUUAUUGCAGGAUCUGACAAGAGUCAAGAAGACAAAUCCCAAUGGACAUGCACAUUAUUUGAACCAUCUUACGAUAGUACAAAUCAAGCAUAUCGAUUUCGCCAUGUCUACCGUGGCUUCAACGUGUGCCUAUGGAGAGACACUACUGCCUAUCAAAACUGUUUGAUCACACAACAGUCAACCCCUGAUCCAAAUCUCUGCGAUCUCUGCACAAUAACUGAUUGGGAAACAUUGCUCCCCUUACCAAACUAUGUUGCUUUUAAAGGACUUGAUGGAUACUACCUAAGGUUUUUUGAGAUUUAUGUGGGUCUUCGUUUUCCAUCUCCGACAUUUUUGGUAUUUGAUACGAUUGAUAUCGGAGAGGAUGGUGUUGUAAUGCGAACUUUCACCACCAAAGAUGGAAGUAUUUAUAUCACGCCAAACAACUCAACAAAAUGUUGGAAGCUCUCACGUGAAUCGUGUGAUAUUUGUGUAGAUUCAGGAGACACAACAGGUAGCGAUCCUACAACUUUGUUUUGGGCAACCAAACUUGAUACCAAUACCAUUGCUCUACGCAACUUGAGCAACUACAACUUUGCCACGAGAACCCCUUUCCCCGCAUUGAAUGUUGAUGGUCUUAGAGCUGACUCUAGGACCAUUGAACAAGCUUCACAUUUACAAAUGAUAGAGCCUCUGAUUUCACGAGAAAUAUACGACGUAUGUUUCCGACCAGGAGAUGCUAGAAUUUAUGACCAAACUGUACUCGUGAUGGCCACUGGAACUGCUACCAACGAUACACAAGUACCCAACACUGUGACCUUGAAUCUCAAGUAUACAGAUACAACUUCUAGCACAUGGAGCUCAUCGGUGUCAAUGAAGGUGGGAAUAAGCGCAAAAUUCGAAGCGGGAAUUCCACUUAUUGAUAAGGGAGAGAUUACAAUAUCAGGUGAGUUUUCAGGAUCGUACCAAUGGGGAAAAACAGAAACCACAACAAAAGAACUACAAACAACAUAUCAACUAACUGUGCCACCAAUGAGUACUGUGACUGUCAGCUUGUUAGCAACACAAGGCACAUGCGAUGUCCCCUACUCGUAUACACAACGUGACGUUCUCACUACUGGAGAUACAGUAACCUAUUACCUUGACGAUGGUGUCUACCRCGGCGUCAAUUCCUACAACUUCACAUAUAAUACCAAAAUGAAAGCAUUUUAAUAUCUAAAAUUAUCAUAUAAAAUAAUUAUGUUUGUGGGUAAUAUCUAUAUAUAUAAUAUAAUAAAAAGGAAAUACUUARCUCCUCAACAAUAAGGUUGAGCAAUCUUGUCCUCA